AUGGGGAAACGGAAGCAAGUUGCGCAGGCUCAACAAGCCUUACCCAUUGAAGAACAUUGCAAAUCGCUGAUAAAAAAGCUUGCUUCUUGCAAGCAGACCAUCCGCGACAGAUCUCUGCGUACUGUUCUUCGCACUUGGCUCCCCGAACAAACCAAAAUCUCCGAUGAAGACAUGAAGAAGCUAUGGCAAGGCAUCUUCUACUGCAUGUGGCACGCCGAUAAGUCUCUCUACCAAUCCCAGCUCAUCGAUAGCCUCUCCUCUGCUCUCCAAUCCCUUCCUCUCCCUCUCUCUCUCCACUACUUCACCGUCUUCCUGUUCACCAUGCGCCGCGAGUGGUCGCGCAUCGAUCGGCUCAGGUUAGACAAGUUCUACCUCUUGAUUCGCAGGUUCCUGCACGAAUUCUUCUCUCUCAUCGACAGCAAUUCAUGGGAUUUGGAAUUCACUCGCCGAUUGAUGGUUGUUUUGUUCGACGGGACGAUCCUUGCUGGGGAUACGUUUCAGGGGAAUGGUGUUAACUACCAUAUAGCUUCUGCGUUUCUCGAAGAGCUCAGGACGUUUCUUCCUCUGAAGAAGGAGGUUUUGGAGCUUCUCUUUGCUCCUUUUGUUGCUGUUUUGGGCGUAGUGAAUGACAAAGUUUUGGUUGGGAAGAUUAAGAGUAGUUUGUUUGAUGAAUUGCUGAAGAAUGGGAAGAAGCUGCUUGAUAGUAAGAAACCUGGGAAUGAUGCAGAGUCUGAGGAUAGUGAUGUGGUGGUUUUGGGAUCCAUUGCUCUGUCUAUGGAGUUUGCAAAGAGGUUUUAUGAAUUGGGUUCUUCUCCAGAUUGCCAACAGGGUAAUAGGAAAGUGAUAUUUGCUCUUCACAAUGAGUUCUUGCAGUUGGAGAAGGAUAUGUCGAUUUCCGGUAUCAAAGUCUCCAUCACAGAAGUUUCUGUUCCCCGUGUCGACGAUGAAGUGCCUGAGCCUAAGGUGAUUGUUUUAAACGGGUCUUCUUCGAAGAAGAAGAGUUUGAAGAAAUGUUCAAAGUCUAAGAAAGGCAGUGCCAAGAAGGACGAUGUUGUGAUCGAUCUUGGUAAGAAAGAUGAAGCUUUUGAUGAGACUAUGAUAUCGGAUCUUCGACAGGAGUUUGAGAAGAUCGCAUCCGAAAUGGGACCGUUGAAAGAUGAGGUUGCGAGUGUCUGUGAAGAAGAAGCAGAGCCUGUGUCAGUAGCGAAGAAGAGCAAGAAGAGGAAGAGAGAGAACAAAGGGGUAGAGGGAAGUGGUGCUGUUAAAAGAGAUGUAGCAGAGACGAGCUUCGCGGCCGCGAGCAGUGAGAAGAGCUCAAAGAGAGUAAGAUUCGCGAUGAAGAACAAUGUAGUGUGGAAGCCUCAUUGCCCUUUACCUCCACAAGACUUGAGGUUGCCUCCGUCUGCUACACCGAGAGGAAGUGCUCUGAAGAAAGGAGUUCCGGCUGGUCCAGUGUGGAUGUCGGAAGAAGUUCCGGAUGGUCCAGUGAGGGUGUCGCCUUCUCAGGGUAGGAAGACAAAGAAGAAAGUCAAACCCAACCCACGCAGAGGAGUGAAGACGAUCAAGAGUCUGAAGAAGAAAUCGCCAUGA